AUGGCCGAAUUCAAGCUUUCCAUUCGGGUGAGUCGAUUCGAAGCGCGGGUACCAGGCAUCAUGACCAAGAUUCGUCGAGUCAAAUGUGGAGAGGAGAAGCCCUUUUGUAAGCGAUGCACUUCUACCGGACGACGCUGUGAUGGGUAUGAAAUAAUUACAGACCCGAAAAAACGAAACAGCACAAAGAAGCAAAACUCUAUUAUAGAAUUAUCAACGGUUGUGCAGUCUAAUGCUCUCCAGGAUUCACUAGAGCCAAUUAUUCUGGACUUUUUUCGUGCCUAUACCGUGGCUGAGUUCGCCGGAGACUUUUCCACUGAGUUCUGGGAGAGAAGGAUAUUUCAAGCUGCUACAGUCGAACCAUCAAUCCGUCAUUGUAUUCUCGCGUUAGGCGCAAUUCACAAAAACUACAUCGAAACCUACCAGCAAGCUCAACCGGCCGAAACCCCAACACCAACUCAAGCUUUCGCCUUCCGCCAGUACACCAAAGCAAUUCGUAUAUUGCGUGAAUCCAUUGUCCGCAAGCCCCACUUAUUAGAAGUGACAUUGAUUUCCUGCAUCCUAUUCAUAUGUUUCGAUUGCCUCAUAGGCGACCAAGCGGCAGGACUAGUCCAUCUCAAAUCCGGGCUCAAGAUCCUCGACGACAUAAACGCCAUCAACGCUCCCUCAUCAAUCGCCGCACAGUGCGCACGGGAUUAUUCCCCACUGCUAUUAGUAUUGGGAGGACAAAUCGCCGCAUUUAUCAACCCCAAAGCUGGAGUCGACCGAGGAGCCUUCUGGGCAGCGAUGAAACGAGCCGGUUGCUCAACUUCAUCAUUUAAUCCUUUUCAAUCUCUCGAAGAAGCUCGCUAUUCAUUACGGACUCUUGGUGCAGAUAUACUGUACGCGCGCCAUACAAACUGGAAGUACGUUACCGAAGAGAUGGUCAUUAGCGGAUUCGGUCCCAUGGCACAAAGCCAUUACGAAGCCUUAGAAAAUUGGUCCAAUCGACUCAACGCAUUUAUUGAAAAAACUUCAGAAAUUCCAAAAAUCACAAGCCCCUUCGCUAAAAGACCAAUACGCAUCCGUGGCGUGUCAAUCCUCAAAGCCCACCAUCUUCUCUUCUCUAUGAACGCUGCCGAAUCGCACACACCAGCGUCCAAAUUCAAGGAAAUGCUCGAUUUAUCCGAGGAGAUAAUUAGUGAAGAUAAAGCGUAUUGGAACUACCGAUCUAUGCCAAGAUUUAUGGCCGAUACUGGACUUAUUGUUCCACUAGUGUAUACAGCUGUCCGCAGUAAAGAUAUUGAACACAAAAAGAGAGCGAUUGAGAUUUUGGCGCAGGUACCAGGCAGAGAGGGAUUGUGGGAUACGCAGUGUGCGAUUGAUAUUAUAGAGGGGGAGUUUGCGGGGGUGGGUGGAUCGCCCGACAAAUGGUGCCCCUCUAUCACUUUCAUCUUCAUGGCGAUCCUCGUGAUCAUCUCAUCUUAG